AUGGUCAACACUACAACCACAGCGGGGCUCAUCGGUGUUGUUCUUUUGGCUCGCCACGGCGACAGGACGGCAUACUACCAAGACCCAGCUACAUACAACUCUACCCAAGCAUACAUCACCCCUCUUGGAGAGCAACAAGAAUAUGAACUCGGGAGCUUUCUUCGUAACACAUAUCUCAAUUCAGAUUCGCCGUCUUUCAUCCAGAAUAUCAGUACUGAUGUAGCAAACAUCAAUCAGCUGGCUGUCCGCGCAGACGCUGGUGGAGGAAAUGUCAUCCUUAACUCUGCGUAUGCUCUACUUCAGGGUCUCUAUCCAUCCACAAAAAAGUCAGAGAUAACUUUGGCGAAUGGUACAACGGUCGUUCCUCCUCUUGGGGGAUACCAGUAUAUUCCAGUGGAAUCUUUGGAAUUUUGGCAGAGUCCAUCUCUCACAAGCUGGAUGGAUUGCGAGUAUUUCCAAUAUCACCUGGACAGAAUUUACGUCUCGUCUACAUUCUUAAACAUGUCCAGCACCGCCGCGCCCUUCUUGACCGCCUUGAAACCUUACUUGGGGGGUGUCAGUAACAACUUCACGAAUAUGAUAUAUGACCACGUCAAUGUCCAGUACACAUAUAACAAGACAUAUUACGAAACCCUACCUCCCACCUUCCUCCAGCAAGCGCGCUAUUACUCUGAUUGGCUCCAACACAAUGUCUUCACCGAUUCCGUGCAAAAUGGCAUCGGCCAAAUUUCCAUUCGCACACUUCUACCCGAGGUCAUCUGGGCCUUGGGUAACAUGACAAAACCUUCUAACCAAGUCAAGAUAAAUAUUCAGGAAAUCGAUUACAAGCCAUUCAUCAGUCUGUUUAACGUCACGAAUGCCACCGUGACUGACCCCGAGAUCGCUGGUACUGUCAACUACGCCUCUGUCGUUGCUCUUGAGUUGUCGCAGAAUUCGCAGGGUCAGCAUGAGGUCAGCAUGAAGUUCAAGAACGGUACUCAAGACAGCGAGUUCCGUCAACUCAAGAUGUUCGGCAACACAAGCAUCACGCUUGAUAGUUUUAUUCAACAACUCUUUUGGACUACAAUCAACUCCACUAACAACUGGUGCUUCUCAUGCAAUCAGACUGUCUACCGCGGAUGCUCUGUCUUCAACUACAGUAACGACCCGUUCUUAUACGGCUAUGGUACCGGUUAUACGGGCUAGAAAUCAUGAAACCACGGAUGCCUUUUGAUUUCCGUAAUGUAAAAUGUCUAAUU